GGGCUGCCGCCGGGCUCCAACGUCUGCGCCCGCCGCGGAGCCGCCGAGCCCGCGGGCUGCUGAUUGUUCCCGUUGGCGGCUCCUCCGGAGCUGCGGGGCCCGGAGACUCAGAGCGGCCGGAGCGAGCGCACUCCCCCACAGACCACCGCCCGCCCGGAGCCAGCCUUCAAGAUCUGAGUCUUGCAGUGGGUGUGGCCAGAGGCCGUGGACUGGAACUGCGUGUGGCUCUCCGGGGCCGGUGUGUGGAGCUGUGACAUCAUGCCAGCCUUGGCCACGGGACCUGGUACUGACACAGGUCUGUGUGAGCUGUUGGCUGCUUUAGCAGCACAGCUGCGGCCACAUGUGGAUAGCCAGGAAGACCUGACCUUCCUCUGGGACAUGUUUGGUGAAAAAAGCCUGCAUUCACUGGUCAAGAUUCACGAGAAACUCCACUACUACGAGAAGCAGAGUCCCGUGCCCAUUCUCCACAGCGCAGCAGCCUUGGCCGGUGACCUGGCUGAGGAGCUUCAGAGCAAGCCGUGCAGCAGCGAGAUCAGAGAGCUGUUGAAACUACUGUCAGAACCCAACGUCAAGGCUUUGCUGUCUGUGCACGACACCGUGGCGCAAAAGAACUACGACCCGGUGCUGCCACCCAUGCCCGAUGACAUCGACGAUGAGGAAGACUCCGUGAAGAUCAUCCGUCUGGUCAAAAACAAAGAGCCACUGGGAGCUACCAUCAAGAAGGAUGAGCAGAGCGGCGCCAUCAUGGUGGCCAGGAUCAUGCGGGGCGGAGCUGCGGAUCGCAGUGGGCUCAUUCACGUGGGCGACGAGCUCCGGGAAGUCAACGGGAUCCCCGUUGAGGACAAAAGGCCCGAGGAGGUCAUACAGAUUUUGGCCCAGUCUGAGGGAGCCAUCACGUUUAAGAUCAUUCCCAGCAUCAAGGAGGAGCCACCAGCCAAAGAAGGCAAGAUGUUCAUCAAGGCCCUCUUUGACUACGAUCCCACGGAGGACAAGGCGAUCCCGUGUAAGGAAGCCGGACUCGCGUUCAGAAAGGGAGACAUCCUGCAGAUCAUGAGCCAGGAUGACCCGACGUGGUGGCAGGCGAAGCAUGAAGGCGACGCCAACCCCAGGGCGGGCCUCAUCCCCUCUAAGCAUUUCCAGGAAAGGAGAUUGGCCCUGAGACGAGCAGAGAUAUUAGUUCAGCCCUUGAAAGUCUCCAGCAGGAAAUCAUCCAGCUUUCGAAGAAGCUUCCGUCUUAGUAGAAAAGAUAAGAAAACAAACAAGUCCAUGUACGAGUGCAAGAAGAGUGACCAGUACGAUACAGCUGACGUGCCCACCUACGAGGAGGUGACGCCAUACCGGAGACAAACUCAUGAGAAAUACCGGCUGGUCGUCUUGGUUGGUCCUGUAGGAGUGGGGCUGAAUGAGCUGAAGCGGAAACUGCUGAUCAGUGACACCCAGCACUACGGUGUGACCGUGCCCCAUACCACAAGAGCAAGAAGAAGCCAGGAGAGUGACGGCGUUGAGUACAUUUUCAUCUCCAAGCACCUGUUCGAGACAGACGUCCAAAACAACAAGUUCAUUGAAUACGGUGAAUAUAAAAACAACUACUAUGGCACAAGCAUAGACUCGGUGCGGUCUGUCCUUGCUAAGAACAAAGUUUGCUUGCUGGAUGUUCAGCCCCAUACAGUGAAGCACCUAAGGACGCUCGAGUUCAAGCCCUAUGUGAUCUUUAUAAAGCCUCCGUCCAUAGAGCGAUUGAGGGUGACGAGAAAGAACGCCAAGAUCAUCUCCAGCAGAGACGACCAGGCAGCUGCAAAGCCCUUUACGGAAGAAGACUUUCAAGAAAUGAUCAAAUCUGCACAGAUAAUGGAAAGCCAAUAUGGCCAUCUUUUUGACAAAAUUAUAAUAAAUGAUGACCUCACCACGGCCUUUAAUGAGCUAAAAACAACUUUUGACAAAUUAGAGACAGAUACCCAUUGGGUCCCUGUGAGCUGGCUGCAUUCAUAACUUAGGAAAAUCCCCAUAAUCGGUUUUUUAAUUGAGUGCAUGGUUAAAUCAGUUACCGUUUUGGUGGUAGGGUUUUUUUUUUUAAUCUGUGUCACUGUCAUAGCUGUACAAUCUGGGUUAAAACUGAAUGCCGGUUUUGUGUCUAUCUUUUACAUGCUUAUUUGAAACACAGUGUGUGAGUCUUAAGAGUCAAAAUCAGAAUUUGCACAGUACUGUAUUCCGAGCAAAACUCUGAAACCUUCUUGUAGUCUGUAGAACUCUGUCUGGGCUAGAUUUUUUUUUUCCUUUUAAAGAGAUGUAGCUGGAGACUUAAGAUAAUACGGGACUUCAGUGCUUUAUCUGGGCUCAGAGAUGGGCACCACCAUGCAGUCUGCACGUUAAGCCCUGGAAGACUUACCUGAGUGGCCUCGGGCAGCUCCAGACAGACGCAGAAGCUUUGCUGCUCUCCACGUGACUCAGUCGGGGCUGGCAGGAAGGCAGAGGCCUCGCAUAGGUCCCCCAGUGCUUCAUACACAGCACGUUCACAGUGUGUGCAUUUUGAAGGAGUCACCAAACGUUGACCUUGAGUGAGUGGCCUCGGCUUAGUAGCUUGGGAAGUCCUGAUGAGUACAUACCAGCAAAUAUGCAAUAAGGGAAAAUAGAUUUUUUAAAAAAAUCAUUGUGUAUGCAACUAAAAACCCUUCCUUAAGGCUUAGGAAGCCUUAGGAAGAACGAUGGGUACUUUGGGGCAAGAGAUGAUGACAUGGGACAUUUUCAUUUGUAAAUGCUCAUGAGACCCUUUCUGGAGCCCCCAAAGUGGGUUUUUAACUGACUUUGAAUUUUCCCAGUAAAUCAGAAGAACGUGAUUCCCAUUCUGAAACAUACAAUAUGGCUAAAGAAAAUGUCAUCACUUUUCAAAUACGUACUAUGGAUCACCAUACAUUUAAAUUUUAGUAAGAUCCUGGAAAACUGUUCAUGUAACAUUAACUUUUUUCUCACCAAAGCGAUCGUUAACACCAAUGAGACACCAUUGUAACGUUGGCUUUUGUUAGUCAGAAGUUCAAGAAAGACUCUUAGGUGGUAAACAUCAAGAUCUCUUGUUUUCUUUGAUACUACUGAUCUUCAGCAAGCUAAUCUGAUAGUUUAAAAUAUCAGAAAUAUCCAUAUGCUCUUUAAGAGAAUUCAUGCUGCCAACAGGAGAGCAUUGCAUCUGUGACUUUUAAACAGAAAAAAGAUUAUUUUUGAUGAUCUGUAAAGAGAGCUUAAAUGUCAUGUUUAAAGAAAAAUAGAAUGUAGUGAAAUUUUAUAUAUUUAUGAACUAUUUGAAAGGCAUAUUUUUUUAAUUUUCAGACGGGCUAUUCAUAAAACAAAUUGAUUAUAUGUAAAGAUGUCAUAAUUUAAAAUACUAGUUUUAUAACUCGAAGUCAGCAUUCCAUGUAAAUACUUGCCUUGCACAGACAGAGCCACAAGUGCAUUCGGUACUUGGUAGUUAUGACUCGAUGUAUGGAGACCUGCCAGCUCACCUACGACAAACACAUUCAGAAACUCCCCCUGUGGCCUGAGAUGCAUUCUCAGGAAUAUCACCAGGUGAUCAGAGCAAAUGUUACUUAACCACAGCAUCCAAAUAAUGAGUUCUAAGUUUAUGAGCAACAGUAGUUUAGUUUCAAAAACAGCAAGUGAGGAGGAAGGUCAUCAAACCUUGACUAUGAAGCUAUCGAAUUGUACAGCAGAUCUAAGAAAAGCACAUGUCUUUGUUUGGGAUGGAACAUUUCAGUUCUUGAACUCAGAUGAGAAUUUCCUAUAGAGCAAGAACUUCCUGUACAAAGAAUGGGGGUGCAUGCAGCGAGUGAAUGAUUUUGGCAAUCCACUGAGUAAUGUAGGCAGUCCAGACUCUUUCUCCUUAAACAUCGACCAUCGACAGUGAUUUUCUUUUGAAAAUUUUCACUUGCAGAUAAUCGCUUUGGUUCUUUCCUUGGAGGCUAGAGAAGUGGGACGGUACUGGAACCUGUCCUUUUUGGUAGUACUGGUGGUGGUGGUUGUGGUGGUGAUGGGGUUUUGCCAAAAUGUGACGAUCCAGGCCUCCUCCCUUUUUUUUUUUUUUUUGUUUGUUUAAGAACAGAUCUAGAGAACAAUAUUUUCUUAAAUAAUAAAGAGAAAGCACUUUGGCAGUUUGAGAAAUCAGGUAGUAGACAUAGCUUUAUCCAUGGUGUUCACAUAUGGCCAUCUUCAUGUCUGCAGAGAGAUUUCAUUAAAAUUUAGUGUGGCCUGGCCAGACCUGAGGGCCUGCUGAUAACCAAAGCAGAGGCCCCAGAACCGGUACUUCCUUCCCAUGGCUCUCUUCUCUGACAUGGAGAUCAGCAGUGUGCCCUCUGCCCCAGCAGCAAGCUCCCAAGGCAGAGUGGCAGCCACUAUUUGAGAAAAACAGGGGUGCUGGCUUUCGUAAGCCAUGUAAUGAAAACUGAGAACCAAGAAGGAAAUUUUGUGCUCCCGUGACUUGACAAAUUAGAAUUGGUGAAAAACAAAUAAAAAGUGGAAAUUGAACUUUAUGAUUUUUUUUAACCAUGACUUGACUAAGCAAUAUGGGAGUUCUUUCUUGGAAUCUCCUGAGAGUGUGGAAUGAUUGAAAUGUGUCAAAAGUGUAAUAACUCACAAUUGACAAGUAUGUAAACUUCUCAGAAUUACAAAACAUGUUGUUAAAGUCUUCCUGAAGAUACAGAUUUUUAUUAUUUAUUUCCUUUUUGAGUAGUGAGGAUUUAUAAGUAAAUGUAAUGGAAAACCUUUGAUCUUAAUAAAGUA